GAAAUAUGGAAAACUCAUUUUUUAAAAAUGUACAACGAAAUGACCAGUAUCCAUUGCUUUAUGAAGCUACACAAUCGAUUUGGAAAGCUAUUAAUAAUAGCGAUAACUCACCUGUUGAAUUAACUAAUCAUGAAAUGGACUAUCAUUAUGAAAUUGAUUUAAGUAUGGACGAACAUGAUUCAUCAAGUACUAGCGAUGUUGAUAUGGAAAUUACAAAUAAUAAAGCAAUUGAAUUAAAAGAAGUACUAGAAAAG